AUGAGUGCCGAAGAAGGGAGAGGGACGGCUCUACCUGGGCUCUCCGUGGAGUCCCUCCGCCUAGAGGACAGGACCCCAUCACCCCCGGCAGACGACGGCUGGGACACGGACCUGGAAGCAGACGAAGAGGCGGAGAGCAACCCCCAUCUGUCCCAGACUGAGCUGUACCUGCAGGCCUGCCGGGCGCUGGGUGUGGUCCCUGUCAGUUACUACCUGCGACAUCUGGGCGCCAGCACCCUGAACCUCAACCACCAUGGCCUGGGGCCUCUGGGGGCCAAGGCGCUGGCCACAGCCCUUGCGACGGAUGUGCGCAUCGCAGCACUGGAGCUGGAGGACAAUUUUUUGCUGUCUGAAGGGACCCGGUACAUAGUGGAAAUGCUCAAGUCAAAUUCCAGCAUUCAGCAUCUGAACCUCUCCAGCAACCACCUGCGCGCUGCAGGCGCCGAGUGCGUCGCCAAAAUGUUGCCGGACAACGUCUCGCUGCGGUCCAUCAGACUUUCAGGCAACGGGUUCGUAGAUGAAGAUGCUAGAUGCUUUGCUGAUGCCUUCUCGAACAACCACAGGGUGAAGGAGCUGGACCUGAGCCACAACAGGUUCUGUGGACGAGGGGGAGAGUAUCUGAGCCAGAUGUUAGCAAACAAUGAGGGUCUGGAGACUGUGGACCUGAGCUGGAAUCACCUCCGAAUGAAAGGGGCUGUCGCACUGUCUGCGGGACUCAAGGUGAACAUUACAUUGAAACACCUGGACCUGUCAUGGAACGGCUUUGGGAACGAGGGCGCCCUGGCCCUGGGGGAAGCUCUCAAGUACAACGACACCUUGGUGCACCUGGACCUUAGCCACAACCGCGUCACCAACGAGGGGGCGCGCACAUUGUGCCGGGGCCUGGAGAUCAACGACACGCUGCGGGUGCUGCGGCUCGCCUACAACUCGCUGACGGUGGAGGGAGCGCUGGUUCUACUCAGCACCGUGAAGAACAGCUCCAGAUGCGCUCUGGAGGAAAUCAACAUCUCAAAUGUGCUGGUGGACGAGAACUUUGUGCAGCUGCUCGAGGUCACCUGCCAGGAGCAUCCGGGCUUAGAGGUGCGCUACGGGGGUGUUGGGGGCUUCAUCGCCAAGAAACCCCCCAAACGUCCUGACCCCAUGAAGGUCAUCCAGGAUUACCUAGAUGAGCGCAAGCUUCGCCUGUGGGACUUUUUCCGGAACAUCGACAAGGACGGCACCAUGCGCGUCCCGGUCUCGGACUUCCGUAAGGCCGUGCAGCAAUCCAGCAUACCCCUGGACCGAUAUCAGAUCGAGGAACUCAUACAGAAACUGGACAAAGAACGGACAGGAAGCGUGGACUACAGGUGA